AUGAGAGAUCAACAAAAGGAGACCCAGAUGCAAACCCUUCGGCACUCCGAACAAGAAAACACAAAUAUUCCAUAUGGCGAUGCCAAAAACAACUCAAUACAAUACAAUGCACCAAUAAAUAUCAAUCCCUUACCCAUAAACACUCAAACAUAUGAUCGACUUAACAAAACUCAUGAUAUCCCAUCUACAACUCAAUCGAAAGCCACAUCAAAAUCGGACGACGAUUUCGAUGUAAAUGAAUACUUUGCGAGGUUACAAGGCACUAGAUAUGUUAGCGCGCCAAUAAAUAGUAACCUAAAGGAAGAUCAAAAUGCUAAUUUGCAAGCAGAGGAGAAUCUUGAGGAAAUAAAUCUAAACGAACCAGAUAAAAGUCAAAAUUUAGAUGAUGUCCAAAACAGUUUGUCGGCGGAUAUUGCGCAGAAUUUUUCACAACUGCCCACGGUUAUACCACAAGUAGCGAGCGUGGUUUUUAGUUCAUUUUCUAACAUGCUAAGUCUAAAAAGUAGAGAGCAGACACCAGACACAGAUAAUAAAAUAUACCAAGAACCAAUACAAAAUACCAUACAGAAGGUAGAUAGUGGGCAGUUUAUGCCGAAUGUACAAGAAGUACCGAAAGAUGUUGCUCCGCCGCCGUUGAGAGAGCCUCCUUCUGGUACUGCUUCCAGCUACCGCAUCACAACAAAAAAGAAAGUAUACGCGCAAAUACCAGGUUUGAGCUCUGGUGAUCAUCAUCAUGUACAAAGUAUUAAUCCACCGCCGAGUGGCAACCACAGCCACUCACAGCCAAAUUACUUUGUACCAGAAAAUAUAACCAAUGUCCCACAAGCUGAAAAUAAAUUAGACAAUGCUCAUUUAGGACUUGUACCACAAUCUUCAAUAACUCAAUCAGAAUUGGAAAUUCAAAAUACAAGUGUUCCAAAAAAUGAUGAGUUGAAAAGUUCUCAUUCGUUCAAUACCAUUCAAUUUAACCACAGCCAAAAAUCGGAAAAUCAACCAGAAUUUCUCGUACCAACACAAACAAGCGAAGUUAUUUUACCAAAACCAGAACAAACUAUAUCAGUAGAUACAACAAAUCAAUCAGUAAUAGCUCCCAAUACUCAAACUACGCCUAUCAUUCCACCGCCUCCAAUGUUCUCUAAUAUACGGAGAGACAGUCAAUCAUCUACAGGCAAGUCAGUCUUGCCCCCGUCGGUAGCAAGACGGAUUUCCGGAACUCAACCGAUAAUUAGGUCACAAGCUUUACCGAGUUUGACACCUCAUGGAAAUAUAUUCGUGCCACAAAUACCUGAUACAGCUGAUACUCCAGGGUAUGGAUUUGACCAAAGCAGUCAGCACAUAGACUCCAUGAACAUUAUAUCUAAUGUUCAAAAUGUGAGAAAUACAGAGACAGUUCCACAAGACAUUUUUAUGCCAAAUCUAAUUCCUAUUCCAUCUUUGGUACCUUUAGAUAAAUUGCAGAAUCCACAAAUAAAUGUCCCUUCAAACACAUCAUUAUUCGAAGCAAAAGCCAGUGUUCCAGAUGCUGGUGCUCUUAAAGGUUCUAUCUUUUCAACAGAUUCAUUAUUUUCCUCAGAAGCAAUAAAAACUGCUGAAAGGCCUAUAUAUCCGGAUUCAACUUAUCCUGAAGAUAAGCCUAAUAUGUCUAAGGGAACUUCAAAUAUUGUAAACAAAGAAGUUAAUAUAACUCAAGACUAUUAUGAACCUCAAGGUGAACACGAUAAUAUCAGUACAGUGCCACCUACUUUCUUCAAUCCAGCAGUGUUUGCUCAACCUGAUACAAAUAUUAAUAAGCCCGAAAAUAUAACUUCACCUCACAGUCAAGUGUCACAAUAUGUCACACCACCUGAAGCUUCCAAACCCCUAGUUGAGCCACCUAAACUCACAGGGAAUGUAAACUACAGAAUGUCGAAAAAGAGGCCCCAGUACUAUUCAGGCCCUAUUGAGGGUGUGGGAAAUAUCAGUAAUAAUAUUAAACCAACUAUACAUCCCGUUGAACCAAGUUACCAGGGCUCUCUAUUUAAUCCUGAUACUGCUCAAGCAGCAUCUAAUACUUUAUAUUCUGAUUAUAAUGUAAGUGAUGUACAAGCUACGCCAUUCGAUAUCAGUAAACCUGUAAACAUGGUACCCCCAGUACAUAGUAUGCAACAAUUACCAGACUUUAACACAGCGUUUGAUCUUAGCAGACCAACAACAGAGUCGUAUGAGCAGCCUCAACAAGAGCUUUCGGAAAGGAAAGGUUUCGGAAUUAUAGGAUCCUUGAAAUCUAAACUUAGUGCUAUAGAUAUUAAUAAGAUUCAAAAUAAGGUGACUACCUUCUUUGAUCCAGCUUACAAUAAUACGAAAGUUGAUGAUUCUAUCAAACAGGAAAGCAAACUAUACGCUCAGAAUAUGUCCACUGAAAAUUACACCGAAUAUGCUCAAAAUAACGCUGCUUUAGAAGUGUUUGUGCCUAACGUGGAUCAAGAACAAACUUACGCUAGUACAUCUAAUUACCUAACAGAUUAUAGUCAACAGGCUUACAAUCCACAGUAUUAUAGUUAUAAUCAAGAUUACAUGGGAAAUAGAAGUCAAGAUGUAAAUUUCCAAACUAACUACGAUCCAGUAUGGUAUAAUAAUUACAAUCAGCAACAAUUUUCAACAUCUUACUAUCAAAAUACCAUCGCUCAAAAUGUUACAUUAGAAAGCUCUAAUAAGAACAUCGCUGAAAUAUCCAACCAAACGGAAAAUAUAUCUAAUUAUUUUAAUCAAAACGUCGCAGUCAGUCCUUCAAAAUCAUCAGAAAACGAAAAUACAAUUUCUGUAGUUCAACAAACAGAAAAAGAACUUGAACAUAUUAUUCAUAAUGAAAAUGAAGUGAUAAAUAGUCAAAGUAGCUAUGCAGUUCCUGAUGACAAACCUGACAUAAAGGAAAAAUGUAUAACACUAAACACCGAAGAAAAUAAAUCCUUGACAGUUACUGAUCAAACCUCAAAUCUGAAAAAUUUCUUUGACAUUUCGAAUCAAAAUGUAUCGAUAGCAUUUGAUUCUAUAAAAGCAACUCAAAAUAAUAUUUUAGACUAUUCAAGUUCAGAAACAUCCAAACACGAUAAAAAAUCAAAUGAAACUACUCUCGACAAUAAACAAUCAGUAUUACCAAUAAAUAUUAAAAGAGAAACGGGACUGAUUACUAAUGUCUCACCUGAAGACUUUUUCAAUGAUUUGCCGAAAAUAACAGAUCCAUCUUCGAAAGGUUUUUUUGAUAAAGAGACUCCUAUUGUUUUACCUUUUGAAGCUAAAAAGCUUGAGGAAAAUAUUAAUAAAAAAGUAUUCAGAGAAAUAAAUGAAGCUACUAAUACAUGUGCACCAAUAAAAUCUUUUGAAGUAUUCGAUCCUGUAUUAGGCAAAAGUCAAGUAACCGAUGGGCAAUCAGAAAUAUUAGAAAAAUUAUCAACAGUGAAAAUUUCUGAAAGUAUUUUACCACCUCUUACUUUUGUAAAAAAUUGUGAAAGUAAAGAUUCAUAUUUAUUCAAUCCUUUAUUCGUUCCUGAAUAUAAGGAAAAUAAGAUAAGAAAUGACUCUAGUGAGAAAGCCCCUGCGUUUUCACUAUUCAAACAAUCUUCUAAUGCUUCUUCUUUAUUCGACCUCUCUUCUAUAUCUUCAAAUCCUUUGUCUGUUUCAACGGAGUUGAAAGAUAUAAAAGACCUUGAAAGUAAAAUGGAAAAUGUAUCAUUAUUUCAAAAUAAUGAUACAACUGGUUUUGAUCAAAGCCUUUUUGGAAGUAUAGAAACAACUGAAAUUAAAGAUGAUUUAAUUGAAAAUCCUGUUUCAGAACUGAAUAUUUGUGAAACUUGUAGAGAAGUCAAUAAGCCAGAAGAAAAAGAAGUGGAAGAUUUGACUACACAACUAAUAGAAAAUAUUACAGCGCCAAUUCAAUUAGCAAAUCCUGUUGAAUAUCCUGUUAGUGAAGAUUUUACUGAAGAUCCCACAAUUAAUAAAGUUGAUUUCUCCACUCAAUACACAGAAAUAUCUCAUACAGAAGACGAGAUACAAAACUUGACAAUACCACCGCCAGUUGACCUUAUUGAUGAUAUGAGCGUUAAUAAUCCUAUUUUAAAUUAUGGAUGGUCAACAAAUGAAGGAGCUCAUUCAUCUAAAGUUCUAGCUGAUCAUGAUUACAGGUAUCAAGUGGAUCCUAACAGUAUUGGAUUUUUCCAAGAUAAAUCACUAUUUUUCGAAAAUAUACCCACUAAUGCGAGUGAUGAAUUAAAAGCUGAAUUUAAAAAUUCUCAUGAAGACACUCCAAUAUUGCCACGACAAAUGAGCAUACCAACCGCUCCUCCUGAAGAAGAUUCGAAAUCAGACGAAAGUGGUUUAGAUGUUCAUUCUAUCGAGCAAGAUGCUAAAAAAGACUUUCCUAUUUACGAAGAGGUCAUAGAGCCUUCAGAAACUGAUGAUGAUAAAAUAGAGUAUAGAGAACGUGAAAAGGUUUCAGACGAUUCAGAACAGUCCGUAGAUACAUUUACAAAUAGAGUUGAAAGAUACAAAAACGCAAACGAUAAUGCAUUUGAAGUUAAAAAAGAAAUUAAAACUUUUGAUUUACCAACAUCAACUAGCCCAGCUAUUACAAUUGCCUCUUACUUUGACACAGGAAAUUAUGCUGUGGAAAAUCAUUACAGGAAUUCAUUAACUUCUCCAUCAACGUUGAGUUCUUUCAAUACUCACACAAACACACCAAUGCGGUUUCCCCCAGGUUUUGAAGAAGAAUAUCAGAGAAGACUUAGUGGAAUAUCAUCACAAGACAUAUUACCAACCCUAAAAAGUCAAAAUAUCUCCGCUUUAGCUGAUGUAAAUCUGGCGCCAAUAAUAAUAGCUCCACAAACUCUAGACGAUAGCGUUUGUGAUGAUAAUGUUGAAUCCAUGAUAAAAGAACUAAUUGAAGAAGAUAAUAAUCCUACGCAAAAGAAAAACAUGCACACUUUUACUGGUUUUGUAGAAUCUGAAAAUGAAAAAGCUAACGAUGCAAAACAAGAAAUAAUUCAAGAAACUGUAAAAGAAGUUAUAAAAAGCGAAGAAAUAAAAUUAGAUUCAUUGCCAGAUCCAAUGAACUUCUUCUCAUCGAAUGUGGAUAAUACACAAGAAUCUGAUGCUUACAGUGAUUUCAGCCGACUCUCUAGCUACUUCGCUUCGCCACCGAAACCAGAACACUCAAAGUCUUUUUUUGAAUUAAGCCAAUCACAAAACCAUUAUAGACAUAAACCGUCACAAAAUAGGUUCGAUUCAAUACAAAAUAAUGUCAAAAACUUUUUCGAAGACCCUAACUUCAAUAACCUAAAUAAAAAUGAACCAAAAGCAAAUGCUCCACAAAAUAUGUCCUUAAUACACGAUUUAACUUCGACUGAAAAUUUUACCCCAAACGAAAAUAUAGUUCGAACGGUUAAUUAUUUUACAGUUGAUAAUAUUAAGAUUUACGAAAACGAAAUAACAGAAAUAAAAACAAAUGAAUUAAAAACAAAUUUAAAAUACAAAACGGACGAUGACAAAAACGAAAAUGGCGGUUUAAAAGAUAUAGACGAAACAAAUUUCGAAAAUGUCAUAAUAAAUUGUAAAUAUUGCUGGUGUCUGACCAAAACUGAUGUGAAUUUUGUUAAUUUUGAAUUUAAAGUUAGGAAAGCUAUGAAUAGUAAUUCUGAGAGUAAAGAGGGAGCAAAUAUGGAAACAAAAAAAGAGGGAAUGAAAAAAUCUAUGACAGUCAACUUCUGUGACAAAUCACUUCAAGAGGAUGCCGAUGAUAGGAUUGUGGUUGUACAUGAGAAUCGUUCAACAACAGAAUAUGCUCCAGUCAAACAUCACUGGUUCUAUAAGGUGGAUAGUGAGGAUAAGUCAAUAUGGCGUGGUUUUUCUGUCGCCGAUUCUAGGGCAUUGGAAAAUGCUUUCAACAGCCCGGAUCUCAACGAGAACACUCUGGUGGCAACAGAUGGCGGUCGCUUCGACGUGAAUGUGAUGGCUCGACGGAGAACCGCCGUUUAUUGGACGGAAAAACCUACUAAUGUUAUGAGAUGUAGUUGGUUCUACAAAGGCACAUCUAUAGAUCCCAGAUACAUACCCUACAGUGAGGAGUUAGCAGAAAAACUUGAAGAAGAAUACCGUCACGGUGUAACGACAGGCGAGUGGCACAGACGGUUGAUGCUAAACAAUAACGAGAUGGUAGUAAUGCAUGGACCGUCCGUUAUGGUUCAUUUCGUACAAAACUCAAGUGCUGAUGACUUUGCCACAUCACCGCAAUCAACGCGCCCACGCGUAGUGCGCAGAGGUCACGUCGAGUCGGAAAUAGAGGACACGGAACCGUCCAGUAUAGAUCACUUGCUGCUGUUGUGUCAUGGCGUCGGGUCCGCUUGUGAUAUGCGCUUCCGGCCUGUGGAGGAAGUUGUGGACGAUUUUAGAGCAACUAGUCUUCAAUUGAUACAAUCUCAUUACAAAAAUUCGUAUGACAGCGGUUUAGUUGGACGAGUUGAGGUAUUGCCAAUAUCCUGGCACGCGAGCCUGCACACAGGGAUGGGAGUGGACAAAAGACUAGCCGCAGUGACUCUGGACAGCAUCCCGCGUCUGCGCAGUUUCACCAACGACACUAUACUGGAUGUGCUGUUUUACACCAGCCCCGUCUUUUGUCAG